AUGUGCCCUGAGCAAGAUCUGGCUUGUUUCGCCUGUACGAUGCAGCCAGCAGUCGGGUUUCAUCAACCUCUUCAGGCAACGUCCCUCCAACGGCUUCAACUCAAUUGCGUCGAUGCCCGCUCUGCGCGUGGCCCGUCCCAUGGCACCCAUGGCACGUUUGCCUGUCCUGGACGCGGGACACGAAGCAUGCGGCCAUCAAUUGACGAGCGGAUGAGGGCCGGGCCCGAGCAGCACGCGAGCAAAAAGGCGACGCAGGCACCAGGAGCGCGAGCCCAGCGCCGGCCACCGCGCACCGGGCGCAAUCCUCCGCGGCACAUGCCAUCGUUGCAUCAUCGUUUAUACCUGCGGCACCUCUGGGCGCCUUGCAACUCUAAAAGCUGGGGCGGGUCUGGGCUUGCCGACUCGCAGAUGCUGCUGGCGCCAUUGUUCACCCUGGGCCGCGCACUUUCUCUGAUGCAGAUAUUGCACGACUUGGCGGACUUUGUGCCGCUCUAUGGAAAAAAGUCAUCAAGAGAGUCAACUGCCUUGGCCGCAAGACUCGCGUGUCGCACAUUGAAACGUGGUUUUGCCGUCCCAUGCUGCGGCACAGGGCACCGCGAGAGAAAUUCUUGGGUAUGGGGAUCGCCCACGUAG